GUUCCCGUACUUGAUUCUGACCAUCUGGAUAUCGCGACAGGCCUGCUUCUGCCUCUUUAGGUUUCUUUUACAGGCAGGAUACAAGAGCGGGAUAGCGGGGAAUCCUUUAGGUACUGAAAUUUCGAUCCCGGAGAGGCUUUUGACUUCGGGAACGUCGCAAUGUCGUCCAAGCUGUCUCCAUACACUCCUCCAGUCAAUGCACGGUCUUUAUUACUAAAAAACUCAUCCGAGGCCGUUCCUCCAACCGAAGAACUGGAAAACCUACUUUCGGAACUGAGAAAUAUGAAGCAGAAGACGAUGGAAAGGGCGAAGAAGGCUGGCGAAGACCUGAAGGUUAUUGAAGAAUCUAUGAGACGAGUAAAAGAGCGGGAGAAAGGAAAAGCUAGGGCUAUUGAUAAGGUCAAACGAGAGCGUGGGUUCACACCGAUGCCUGAAACCGACGAAGGCAAAUAUUCUACUUCGCCGCAUAAUGUUCCUUCAAAGGCUCGGCCAUCACCAAUCCCACUUUCGUCGCUCCCCCCUUCUUCAAGAUCCUCUAUGGACCCCCGAAGGCCAUUAACGGAUGAGCUCAAGAAAAAGAAGAAGAAACGGAAACGAGAUGAAGAUAGUGACCUCGAAGUUGAUUCCCAGCGUGCCAUUAAAACGUCUCCUCCUGUACCAUUCGCGCCACCUUUCCCUCCCAAACCAUCUAAAAUCGUUUCAUCUGCCUCGAUCAUGCAUCCUAAACCCAUUGCUGGUCCAGAUUUCAGUGUUCCGCCGCCAUCUCAGCUUCUUCCCGCAAGGCCUCCAGUAACUUCAGCCCCUGUUCCCGGACCAAGUAAACCUAUAGAUGUUACAGAAGACUUCAGCAAAUUAAAGCAGCCCUCACAGGUGCUUGUUAGUACAUUUUAUGCUAGCGUGGAGCCGUGGAUACGAGGCAUCAAAGAGGAAGAUAUCGGAUUUAUGGAAUUCACGGCUGACGAAGUUGAGCCCUAUGUUAUACCAAAACUGGGCAGGCAUUACACGGAGGUUUGGGAAGAAAUGGAUACGACCGCAUAUGGGGCCCCGAUUCCUGGAUUCCCCCCUGUUCGAGCCGGAGAGGGUUCGACCUUAUCUCCUGGCCAAAAGUGGGAUCCAUCGACUUUAAUGGAAUCUGAUCUACUGGUUGAGGAGAGAAGUCAUGGUCCCCUCACGGAGCGGUUGGUCAGCGCUUUGCUUCCAAUGCCGGACGUAACAGUAUGGAAAGGAGUGAAAGCAGCAGAGGACGCAAUGGAAGGACGGCCAGGAGGAAGUGGGGCAGCGGCUGCGAGAAAAGAGAAGAUGAAUGUAGUAGAUUUGGAAGAAAGGAUUCAGGAUACCAUGCGCUUUCAUGGGCUUUUAGACGGCACACCCGACUAUUCCGAAAAAGUGGAUGACCCAAUAGCGACUGCUUUACGCCAAGCGCAACGCGAGCUUCGGACAGUGGUUGCGACGAAUAAAGCACGCAGGGCUCGUCUCGCCGCUAUUUCUCGUGAUCGGCUUGGCUAUCAAGAAUAUCUUGACGUGCGCGAGUCUCUUGACAAGAAUAUUACUACGUUGUACACCAAGCUGCAAAAGAAAGACGGCCCAAAACUUAGCAAGAAGAAGAAGAAGGGAGCUGAACCAAAUGGGGUUGGGUUAGGGAGCGUUUCUAGUAUCCCUCCACCGUCACCCGCAGCACUUGGGCUGGGUCCAGACGACGAGAAUAAACUGGUUGUGUCGGAUCAUUUGAGGCAACUGGUGGAGACUCGACGACAGUGGGUUGAUGCUGUUGGUGCGGUUUUUGAGGACAAGGAGAAGGAAUGCCCUGGAAGGAUCUGGGGUCUUCCGUCGAAGAGUGUGUAUGAUGGGAUUGAAGAGAGCAUAAGGAGAGAGCUUGAUCAUGCGGUGCCGACCAAUAGUUCUGGGUCGAAUCGACGGACUAUUCAUGAAAAUGGCAGAUCAGAUGAGAUGGAUGUUGGAUGAUUUGGUUUGUGUUCGAGACUGCAGUGUCCUGUCGAGCUUAUUUGUUCUGCUGACAAUAUGUAUGAGACCCUUUUAUAUCACCUUCCCAUACAGCAUACAUAAUAAUAUCCUCCUUGUGAUGUGGUCAGCAUCGAGAUAAUGCUUUGUCUCAGUGAGACACAUCCGAGUCAAUCUAAUCUCUUUCCUGUUCUUUUCGUCUCUGAAUGAGCAGUUACCAGCCAUGUUCUUUUCAGACCUGUAUAUAUCCACAACAGGAUUCUUGCUAGUGCAUCAUACCUAGUCUAUGGAAAUACUGAUGAAAUUUGUACGG